AAGAUGUCUAUGGAUGUGACAUUUCUGGGGACUGGUGCAGCAUAUCCAUCUCCAACCCGGGGUGCCUCUGCUGUGGUCCUUCGGUGUGAAGGCGAGUGCUGGCUCUUUGACUGUGGGGAGGGAACACAGACACAGCUUAUGAAAAGCCAACUUAAAGCAGGGAGAAUUACCAAGAUCUUCAUCACACAUCUUCAUGGAGACCAUUUCUUUGGCCUUCCUGGGCUCCUCUGCACAAUCAGCCUGCAGAGUGGCUCCGUGGUGUCCAAACAGCCUAUUGAAAUCUAUGGCCCUGUAGGGCUUCGGGACUUUAUCUGGCGAACCAUGGAACUCUCUCACACGGAGCUGGUCUUCCGUUAUGUGGUUCAUGAACUGGUUCCUACAGCGGAUCAAUGUCCUGCAGAAGAAUUAAAAGAAUUUGCACAUGUGAAUAGAGCAGGCAGUCCUCCCAAAGAGGAACAAGGAAGAACUAUCCUAUUAGACUCAGAAGAAAACUCGUACCUUCUGUUUGAUGAUGAACAGUUUGUUGUAAAAGCAUUUCGCCUCUUUCACAGAAUUCCCUCAUUUGGGUUUUCAGUCGUGGAAAAGAAACGCCCAGGUAAACUCAAUGCACAGAAACUAAAAGACCUUGGUGUUCCACCAGGUCCUGCCUAUGGGAAGCUGAAAAAUGGAAUUUCUGUUGUUCUGGAAAAUGGGGUUACAAUUUCUCCCCAAGAUGUCUUAAAAAAGCCUAUUGUUGGAAGAAAAAUCUGCAUAUUGGGUGACUGCUCUGGGGUUGUGGGUGAUGGAGGAGUAAAGCUGUGUUUUGAAGCAGACCUGUUGAUCCACGAAGCGACCCUGGAUGAUGCCCAGAUGGACAAAGCAAAGGAGCACGGCCACAGCACACCACAGAUGGCAGCCACAUUUGCAAAGUUGUGCCGUGCAAAGAGGCUGGUUCUGACUCACUUCAGUCAGAGGUACAAACCAGUUGCCUUGGCCAGAGAAGGAGAAACAGAUGGCAUUGCAGAACUAAAAAAGCAAGCUGAAUCAGUGUUAGAUCUCCAAGAAGUGACUCUAGCAGAAGAUUUUAUGGUGAUAAGCAUUCCAAUGAAGAAAUGAAACCAGUGUUCCUGGGUGCAUACUGACAUGUCUGUGAAUAUGUUACUGAACCUACAGUCCAGUUUUUUAUUUCUUGUUUUAGUCUGAGAUUAUUUGGGCCUUAAUAAUCCUAAAAAGAAGGGAGCUGCAUUGAUGAAUUGGCUCAGUAUUUAAAGGGAGCAAGCUUUUUGAUAAUAAAUCUUUUUAAGAGAAAAAAAACCC